GCCGGCUGGGUGGGUGUGGGGGGAGGGGGGAGCGCGCUCCCUGCCGGUUCCGCCCCGCCGACGUGCUCAGCCCGGGCGCGGAGGGGUUGGGUGGGUGUGAGGGGAAAUGGCGAGUCUGAUCCCCGCGGCGGCCUCGUCUCCUGCCGGCGCCCCGUCCCGCAACAAGAAGCGUCCGGCGAGCCCCGGCACCGGCAGCGGCCCCGCCAAGAAAAAGAAAGCGACGGCGGCGGGCGGCUCGCAGAGUGCAAGUGGAGAGGCCAUGAAUGAAAACAAGUUUCUGAACACAGACUCUAGCACAGGAUCAGUGGAAACAACUGUCAAGCCGUUACCAUUUAAAGAUCCAAACUUCAUCCACUCCGGCAUUGGUGGAGCAGCAGCUGGCAAGAAGAACAGAACUUGGAAGAACCUAAAACAAAUUCUUGCUUCUGAAAGGGCGUUGCCAUGGCAACUAAAUGAUCCUAGCUAUUUUAGUAUUGAUGCUCCUCCUUCCUUUAAGCCUGCCAAGAAAUAUUCAGACAUUUCAGGACUUCCGGCAAAUUACACAGAUCCCCAGAGCAAGCUGAGAUUUAGUACUAUUGAAGAAUUUGGCUAUAUUCGGAUGCUCCCUUCAGAUGUGGUUACAGGAUACCUGGCUCUCAGGAAAGCCACAAGUAUUGUUUCCUGAAGAGACCAAAUAUGGUUGUAUAUUGCUUGUGAACAGUGCUAAUUUUGAGAAUCAUGAUGGAAACAGGACUGAGAUUCCUUAAAUCUAUCCAUGGAUAUUUACAUCUGGAAGUAGUUGAUGAUACAUGGAUUUGAAGAGCAUAUGGGUUUAAUUUUGAUAAAUGCUGAUAUUUGUUAGUUUGCCAAUUUGUAAGCAAUUUGGUUUGGUGAUCAGAAUAACUUAGACCUUAAGGAUAUGUAUCUGCACCAUAAUGUCUGAAUUAUAUUAAUUUCUGUAGAGACAGGAUUUCAUCUCCACCCUGUACAUUUUAUGUACUGCUCUGGCUCAGAAGAAACAGUCAUCUGAAUUAAGGAAAAGGUACCAGGAUAUUCCAGCUUCUAACCCUGCCUUGCCAGGUACACUUGGCUAUGAAGAAGUUCGUCCCAUCUGUAAAAUGAAGUUAAAAUAUCUAGCGAGUGCUGCUAUUGUGAUGACUGUUUAUGGUACUGAGCACUGUGAAAAUGAACAGCUACACACAAAUACUGUCAGCAUAAAUAAAGUUGGACUCAAUCUUGUUUUAAAAAUA